UCAUCAAACACUUAUCUAAUCAAAUCAACUUCAUUUUGUGUUAUUAUUAAUUCCUUAGUCCAUUGUUUUCGAUUCCAAUGGCUACUCAUCGCUUAUCAACACUUAAAGCUCCUUUGAUACUUGGCGUUCUUAUGGUGAUGAGCUUUGAUUUUCUUAUCAUGUCAGUGAGCGCGAGACAUCUCUUGGAGACGCCAUUACCUCAUGUACCUGAAGAGCUUCCAAAACCUGAAAUACCCACUUUGCCAAAGCCAGAGCUUCCUCCACUACCAAAAGUUGAGUUACCUCCAUUGCCCCAUCUUCCGCCCCUAGAAAAGCCUAAAGUUCCUGAAUUGCCAAAGCCUGAACUUCCAAAGUUACCUGAAUUACCAAAAGUACCCAACUUUGAUCACUCCAAAGUUCCUGAAGUUCCAACCAUACCUAAGUUUGAUCUUCCUAAACUUGCUGAAGUUUCAGAUCAUCUACCAAAACCCGAACUCCCAAAAUUACCUGAAUUACCAAGUGUACCAAAACCAGAACUCCCUAAAUUGCCUGAAUUACCAAAUAUUCCUAAACCAGAACUUCCUAAAUUACCCGAAUUGCCACCACUUCCAAAACCAGUUUUGCCUACUCUUCCAAAGGACAUACCUUUCCCUUCAUUUAACCCACCCCACACAACCACAACUAGUCCUUGAACACCAUACUGAAUCAUGCAUGUCUAAAAGAACACAGCUGAUUUUACAAUCAUACACACUUAAUGUUUUUCUUAAAUUUUCCCUUUGUGUACGAGAUUUUUAUGUUUGCUAUUGUUUUCUUUUUCUAUCAGUGUACUGUGUGUUCGUAUCUAUACGUUGUUGUCUUCUCGACAUAUAGAAACAUUACAUUAUGAAUAAAUAUAUAUUUUAGUGUGCUA